GGAAGCGCCUGAGCGCAAGUAGGAGCUGCUGAUCGCAGCAGAAUACAGCCCCCCCCUCACGAGUCCAGGGGGACUCCCCCUCCUAGCAACGCUGUUGCUACACAGGACAGGGGCUACGGCGGAGGACUCUGCAGUAAGAUAAGCAGAGAUGAAAGCCCAGUAAUCUCUCUGUGACUGAAUCCAGAAUGUUUGGUUCUGCAAGAAAAAUGUGGUUCAUUGUCCUACUAUAUAUGUUCUAUGAUCCAAGUACGGCUCAGAAUAGUGUCUUUGGAAAAAAUAAAUACACUGAGUACCAAAUCGGAAACAUGAACUUGAUUAUUACUGUUCCCCAUGGAGGAUCAUUACAGCCAAGCUCUAUACCGUCAAGAGAUUCUGGCUGCUGGGAUAAGGUGACCUCAAAAUGUUACUACACACACAGUUGCCCAUCAGGAACAUCAAAGGACUCAACCAGUUGUACAGUUUCCACAGUCAAAGAUCUGUAUACACUAGAAACUGCACAGGCCCUGGCAAAAGAGAUCAGUAUACUAACUGGUGGCAAAUACCCUCAUAUUAUCAUAAAUCACCUUUCAAGAUCCAAAUUGGACGUUAACAGAGAUAAGGAUGAGGCAGCCUUUGGAAUUCCUGAAGCAGAGCAAGCCUUUGAUGAGUUUAUGGAGUUCAUUAACAUGGCAAAGUCACAAAUACAAAAGGGCCUACUUAUUGACAUCCAUGGACAGGCUCAUCCUGAGCAGUGGAUUGAAUUAGGCUAUCUUCUUUCUAAGGCAAAUUUAGACUCAGGUGCUUUUACUGCAGCUAGUACUUCAAUAUUCUCAUUAUCUAAAGAGCUUUACAAUACCCCAUUUGAAACAUUGCUCAGAGGUGAGAAGAGUUUGGGAAAAUAUAUUCAAGAUCAAAAUCCCAAAUAUGUCUGUGUCCCUUCUCCAACAAAUCUAGGACCCAAUGGGGGAAACUAUUUUUCAGGAGGUUAUAUUGUCAAAACCCAUGGGUCCAAAGAUAACGGUACUGUAGAUGCAGUUCAAAUUGAGCUUCCUAGGUGGAUAAGGGAAAGCAGUGAGCGCCCCACAUUUUGUGUGGCUUUAGCAAAGGCAAUAUCGAAGUUUCAUCAGUUAAGUUUUAAUUGAUAAUUUAAUUAUAUUAUCUAUUUGCCAUUCUAUCUUGAACCUAAAAUGUAAAAUGCCAGAAGUCCGUUAUGUGGAGGGAUUAUCUGUCCACUGCUACUACGAUCUCUUUCUAAAGAACCAAACUUAAAAUAACGUCACUUUUCCUGGUUACCCUGUUCAAGAAAUAACAAAAAACAUAGAUUAUUAUUAAAUAGACAAAAAAGUAUGUUUCACACAAGCAAUUAUUGAACUUAUAUUAAACUAGGAGGACAGUGUCCCUUUAAAGAAAAAUAGUAUUUUAAAGUAUCUUCUAAUCUGAAAUAAUAUUGGCAACUUUGCACCUGAUCUAUAAUUACUUUAUAUUUUUUUCUGUAUAUCUGUAUUUAUUUGCCAUUCCAUUCUGCAAUUCUUGAAACUACUGUAGCAUGUAAAAUGUUCUCUGAUUGCCAUAAAGCAAAUUGAUUGUGAGGCAAGAUUUUUAGUCUUGAUAUUGUUUGUUCUAAAAUAUCCUUGUAUUUAGGCCUUCACUUAUUUAUCUGUUCUCCAAGCCACUUUCUCCAUAUAGACUGGACUUCCAAACCAAAGAGAUAUAAACAGAAAACAAUUGUAUGAGACUUACUGAGAAGUAAAGCCAACCAGUCUAACCUUUAAGGCAUUUUAACAUAUCCAGUUUAAAGUUUGAGUUAUUGUCAUAAGCAUUAAUUGAAAGAAAUAAAAUGUGUUAUUAUUUCA